UGCGGUCACUGUGUCUGUGCGUGCAUUGGUCGAGAUUGCUCCUCCUCGCUUUCUCCCCUCUGCAAGGACGGGACGCGACGGGACGAGACAUCAUCCCUUCUCUCUCCCCACCUCUCGACCCGACCUCGCUCGCCGUCUCUGCUGCGCUCUGCCCCUGCUGCCCCCCUGCCCUGCCGCGAUCUCCCCCCACCCACCCCUCGAUUUCUCUCUCCUCUUCCACCCCGCCUCGGAUCGAGUCCAGCACCCGCGCUCAGCCGGCUCCGCUGACCCAGGCCCGGAAUCCCCCAAAUCCCCAAUCGGCCCCGACCGGAGCGCGUCGAUUCCGCCGGAUUCGAGCCCCGCCGGCGAGGCGGUCCGCCUGAAUCGGCCGAUUGGACGCGAAUUCGGGCGUUCCGGAUGCGAGCGCAGCGGAGGCCCGCGGAUCUAGGGUUUCGGAGGGCCUAGGGUUGCCGCCGGCGAUCUGGUGAUGGUGGCGCUGCGCGGCGCCGGAGCUCGGCGAGGAGGAGGGAUCGGCGCCGCCGUUGGAGAAGAUGCAGCGAGCCGGAUAUGCAUGGGUGGCGCGGCGCUGAGGGGUGCGACGGCAGGAGGCGGCUUCUCGUCCGGCUCAUGUGGCCAGCCGCUCGCGUAGAGGCAGAAGCUCCACCACCACCGGCACAGGGACCACCUACUUCCCCUUCCAGCUCAUCUGUUCCCCCGUCUCGGACGACUUCUUAUCCGCCGGAAUCGGCGGCGCGGAAGCAGGACUUCGUCGAUUCCCCUCGCCCAGUGUCACCCAACUCGUUUAUAAAGGACGGGCGCGAGUUUCGAGUUGGCGAUUGUGCUCUUUUUCGGGCUGUUGAUGUUCCUCCAUUCAUUGGAUUGAUACGUUGGAUUGAAAAAAAAGAAGGUUACCCGAAAUUACGUGUUAGUUGGCUUUAUAGACCUGCUGACGUGAAGCUUAACAAGGGUAUUCAACUCAACGCUGCGCCAAACGAGAUCUUCUACUCUUUCCACCAGGACGAAACAUCUGCUGUUUCCCUGCUGCAUCCUUGCAAAGUUGCCUUUUUAUGUAAAGGCGUCGAGCUGCCAGCUGGAAUUUCUUCAUUUGUAUGUUGGCGUGUGUACGAUAUUGACAACAAGUGCUUAUGGUGGCUUACUGACCAGGACUACAUUAAUGAACGGCAGGAAGAAGUAAAUCGGCUUCUACACAGAACAAGGUUAGAGAUGCGUGCCGCGGUGCAGUCAGGUGGACGCUCGCCAAAGCGGUUAAAUGGCCCAUCAGCUUCCCAACAACCAAAGGCUGCUCUGGAUGGUACGCAGAAUGCUGGUUUAUCUAAAGGGAAGAAGAGAGAUAGAGGUGAACAGGUAAUUGAGUCAGCUAAGCGGGAUCGUGAUCGUCUUGUUAAGGUCGACGACAGUGAGCCUGGAAGCUUUAACUUGGAAGAUAUAAAGUCCGAGGUAGCAAAGAUAACAGAAAAAGGCGGACUUCCAAAUGCAGAAGCAGUUGACAAGCUUGUACAUCUUAUGCAACUUGAUCGGACUGAGCAAAAGAUAGACCUUGCUGGCCGGGUUGUACUUGCUGAUGUUAUUGCUGCUACUGAGAGUCCUGAUUGCCUUGGCAGAUUUGUGCAAUCAAGGGGCCUUCCCGUGUUGGACAGUUGGCUUCAAGAGGCCCACAAAGGCAAGUCUGGUGAUGGAAGUAGUCCUAAAGAAACAGAUAAACCUAUUGAUGAUCUUCUCUUGGCCCUGCUUCGUGCACUAGCUAAAUUGCCUAUUAAUCUCAGUGCAUUGCAAAGCUGUAGUAUUGGGAAAUCUGUCAAUCAUCUGCGCAGCCAUAAAAGUUUGGACAUUCAGAAGAAAGCUAAGUGUCUUGUUGAGAACUGGAAGAAGCGUGUGGAUGCUGAGAUGAAGUCAAGUGAUGCGAAGCCUUUAGUCUCAGGUCAAUCCGUUUCCUGGUCUGGAAAAGCAGGUUUCCAAGAAAUUUCAAAUGCUGGAAACAAACGAGGUGGCUCAAGUGAGAGCAGUCCAAAAAACCCAGUGCCCACUGUUUCAUCAUCAAAAGUUUCAACUGAUAAACCUGGGGGCCCAGAUACAGCUGCGAAGUUGAGUCCUGUGGUAUCUGCCUCAUCAAAAUUACAACAUAUGCAACCAACAAAUGUCGCCACCAACUUGAAGGACCAGCCCUGCAAAUCAACUGGUGGGACUGGUGGUUUUGAGCUGCCUACUGUGAGAGAGGAGAAAAGCAGCAGCUCAAGCCAAUCGCCGAACAACAGCCAAUCAUGCUCUAGUGAGCCAUCGAAGGAUGCGAGAAGUUCAACUGCUGCUUCUGGUAGUGCUAGUAAACCUUCUGGAAGUUCUUCGCGGAGCCAUCAAAGGGCAAACAAUGGUCUUGUUUCAGGGAACCUUAAGGAAGCUUCUGCAGGAAGAUCUGUCUCCCUUGAUCGAUCUUUGCUGCAGGAUAAAUCAUCUCAAACUGUAACGGCUUCUGAAAAAGGAGUUGAUAUGCCAUCUGAUCACGGAAACAAUCAUAGAUUGAUUGUUCGGUUUCCAAAUCCUGGUCGUAGUCCUGCUAGAAGUGCAAGUGGAGGAUCUUUCGAGGACCCAUCUGUUACUGGCGGUAGAGCUUCAUCUCCUGUGGUUGGAGAUAGAUAUGAGCAGACUGAUCGCAGGGUGAAAAUGAAGACUGAAAGUUCCCGGCCUCAUUUACCUUCUGAUGCUAAUGCAGAGUCUUGGCACAGCAAUGAUAUUAAAGGAGCUGCAGGUUCUGAGGAAGGUGAUAAAUCACUGUGUGCUAUGUUAGAUGAUGACAACAGCAGGACACCUGAUGAUUCUGUUAAGGAUGCACAUGUACCACGAGUUGCAUGUUCAUAUGUGAAUGAAAAAGGUGUCUUCUCAAGUGAAACCAGGGUGGGAAACUCAUUCAGCCCAAUGAACGCUCUGAUUGAAAUUAAGUACUCUGAAGUUAGUCAUUCCUUGCAAGCUGGAGAUGACACAGCUAUGAAUCUUCUUGCUAGUGUGGCAGGAGAAAUAUCUAAAUCUGAAUUGGUUUCCCCAUCUUCUUCCCCCAGAAGUUCAUCUGCAAAGAAAUUGGUCCGUGAGGGUGACAGUACUGGAAAGGUUAAAGUAGAAAGUGAUGUGUGUCCAUCACAGGAUCCAGGGCCAGCAGAUGCUAAGAAAGUUAUUGUGGGGAAGGAACUGAAAAAUGAUGGUUUGGUUGCAAAGGAGGAACAACACCAAACUGUGCCAUCUCCUGAGCUAGCGGCUACUAAAGCAGUUGGAUCUUCAGCCAAAGUUGAAAUUCAUGAAGGGCGUGCAAACAAAUGUAACUCUCAACCUGCUUCGGUCGAUUCCAAAGGUGAACAUGAUCAGAGCUUGCGCCAUUCUGUUAAUAUUAAAGUUGCCAAUAUGUCUAAUAUGAAUUCAUCUGCAGGUGAAAAUCUGGAUGCCUGUUCUGUCCCUGGGAAAGUUGAAGAUGGCUGUGCAGACAAGGGCGGCGCUGUUGAGUCUGCCUUGGGCAGCCAGUGUAGCCUGGUUGUUUCCAGUAGAAAUUCAAGAUCGAUCCCUGCUGGGGAAUCUUCAUUGUCUGCUGCUGAUAAACAAGACCAAGGUUUGUUAAAGUCAAGUAAUCAUAAGCAGCUUCUGUGUGCAUCGGACCACCCAGGAGCCUUUGAUAGACGUGACAGUAUGGCAGGCAAAUUAGAUUUGAUGGCUGCAGAGGUGAAAAAGGCUGAUGCUGUAGGUGAUAGUAGCACAGUGCAGAAUGAGGAUGAAAAGAAGGAACAUGCUAUUUCCUCUUCGGCUGAUGUUACCAAACUAGCAGAAGCAGCGUCCCCAUUUGGUGUGGCAAAUGUGAGUAAAGCGAUGAAAGAAACAAAAGGCAGUUCCAGUGAAUCCAAUAGUCAUGUAAAAUCUGAAGGUCUUAAUUCUCAGCGAAGUGAGCAUAGUGCGAAGCAGACUUCAAAGAAAUCCAGUGAUGGUGUGAGUGGAAAAGAGGACGGAAAAGAAGACCUAGUCUCAUCAGAUGAGGGUUCUUCUCUAGCUGCUCACACAAAGUCAAAUGCUACAGCCAAGCUUGACUUCGACUUGAAUGAAGGGAUACCAGGGGAUGAUGGGCAUCAGUCUGAGCCAGCUGUCUCACCUGUUAUAAGUACCUCAGCGAUCCAUUUGCCUGGGCUUUCACCAUUCACUUCACCUAUUACAAGUGGGCUGCAGCCAGCUCCAAUAACAGUAGCUGCUCCAGCUAAAGGACCCUUUGUUCCUCCAGAAAACCUACUAAGAGCAAAGCCUGAGAUCGGGUGGAAAGGUUCAGCAGCUACAAGUGCAUUUCGUCCUGCUGAACCGAGAAAGGUUUUGGAGAUGCCCAUCACCACACGUGACAUUCCAGUAUCUCAUGCUGCUGGGAAGCAGUCUCGUCCCACCCUUGGCUUUGAUUUGAAUGUUGCAGAUGACCAGGCUCUUGAGGAGGAUGUCCCACAGAGUUCUGCACAGACUACCUGUUCUGAAUCUGGAAAUACCAGAAGUCGUGAUGGCUCUUCACGAAGUGCUGGCAUUGAGCUUGAUCUGAACAGAGCUGAUGAAGUUGCAGACAAUGGCCAGUUUGUACCAAAUGCUUCGCACAGAGUUGAAGUCCCAUUGUUACCAGCAAGAUCGUUACCUGGAGUCUUCUCUAAUGGUGGCACAAAUAGCUCGAGAGACUUUGAUCUUAAUAGUGGACCAUGCCUUGAUGAUGCUAGCACUGAACCCACACCAAAGAACCUAUCUACUAAAAAUACAGGCAGUAUUCAAUUCAUACCACAAGUUCCUGGUGUUAGGAUGAAUAAUGCUGCCAUGAGUAACAUAUCACCAUGGUUUGCCACUUCCAACCCUUGUGGUCCAGUACCAAUACAAUCGUUUUUGCCUUCUAGAGGAGAACAGCCUUACCCAAUUGAGGCAGCACCUGGAACCCAGAGGAUUAUUGCCCCUACAGCUGACAGUGGUCAAUAUGGAGGUGAUCCCAGCAGGGCUCCAGUUAUUUCAUCAUCUCCAACAAUGGUUUUUCAUCCACCUGCCUAUCAGUAUGCAGCAUUCCCAUUUCCUCCCAGUGUUCACCUUCAAACACCGGCAUUUUCAAUUGGAUCAGCAACAUUUGCCAAUUCUGCACCUGCAGGAGUACCGUAUUUUCCAACCAUUUCUCCCUCACAUGUUGGGCCAACAGGUGCAUUACCUUCUCAUCAUUCAAGGCAGUAUGCAAUAAAUCUUGCUGAGGGUGGCAGCAGCAGUGGCCGUGACAAUAAUCGUAAAUGGGAAAGUCAGGGCCUUGAUCUUAACUCAGGCCCUGGAAGUAUAGAUCUAGAAGGAAAGGAUGAACGGGCACCUUUACCAAUUAGACAAAAUUUGAUCACACCCCCACAUGGCUUUGCAGAGGAGCAAGGAAGAAUUUACCAAAUGCCAUUUGUAGGAACAAAGAGAAAGGAACCUGAUGGCAGUUGGGAUACAGAAAGAUCUACAUACAAGCAACUAUCAUGGCAAUGAGGGCUCUGAAGGAGAUGACUUAGCAGCGACUUGGCUGCGGUGAGCAUUUAUUUCAGAGGUGCCUGCAAUGUAGAACUUGGGCAUGGUGUUCCUCUGGCACUGGACUAUACUCAUGGAUUGAUCCCAAUGAAGACAAUGUGGGGUUAUGAGAGGAAAGAAAAACUUUGCUGUAAUUGUUGUAGAUUUUUCUUAGCUGUUAGGCUUUUGGUUCUAAUUUACUCAGAAGGAUAUGGCUUUGGAGGUGGAAUCUUUGUGAACCUGAGCUCUGGAGCCGCUGUAAUUAGACCGUCCGCUCUGUUUGUUGGUGAUAUAAACUGUUGAGCACAUGCUGCAGCUUUACAUAAAAAUUUAGAUGUGACUUGGUACUUUGUCGGGGAAGCGUUACUUCAGCUGACCAAGCACUGCUGCACUGGAGCAGCGACUAGCAUGAUGACUUGCACCGUCAUGUAUCUUGUGUUGCCUUGCGGCUGUAUGUAUAAGAAUUCCAGCAGAUAAGCAUAGUUAUAAUUUGUUGCUGUUUCUCUGGCA